UGGAUAAGUCAGUCAGUUUGCAUAAUACUUUUAAAACUAGAAAGGUCCAUUAACCCAACAUGAAGAAAUUGUUAUUUAUUUUACAGUGAUGUACCAGUUAUACAGAAAUGACAAAUAUGGAUAUGAUGGUUUGAGUUGGCAAAAUGCAACACUCCUAGCGUAUAAAGGAUGUUCGAAGAUGUUCGGAAAAUGUUACAGUAUAUUUUAUCGUUUGGGCUCUCCGUGGAAAGCAGCUGGGGAAGAAUGUUGGAUCAGAAAGCACAGGCUUGUGUCUGUUCAUUAUUCGGAGGAGCAACAACUUCUGAAAUAUAUGUUGAGGAAUUUCAGAUAUACAGAUCUAAGUCCAUAUAAUAUAGAAAAUGCAUUCCCAAAGAAGACAGGACAAAGUGACUCGUUUUUCUAUGCUCACAUAGGUUUAACGCGUGUAAGAGAACGUGUUGGCGGAAAUUUUCACGUAUGGGAAGAUGGGUCACCUGUUACAUUUACCGCAUGGAACACAGGAGAGCCGUCGAUCAUUGGAGACUGUACAAGAAUGAGUUUUCAUCAAGCACACCGGAACAACACAUGGGAAACUGCAAGUUGCGAGGAUGACUUGGCAAAUUAUUUUAUAUGCGAAGAGCCUAUCUCUGAAAAACUACUUACUUUGUCGGAUUCCUUUAAGCCUCAUUUGUACAAUGGAACUCUGAAUUAUACGGAAAAUGGUAUACCGUGUCAGCGCUGGGACAGUAGUUAUCCACAUACACACGGAUAUAUAUUGUAUGAGUAUAUUUUCCCCAGUGGAGACAUGAUGCUUGAGGAAAAUUAUUGCCGUGACCCUGAGGUUAACGGCUAUAUAUGGUGUUACACUAUGGAUCCUUCAGAGCGCUGGCAGAAAUGUACACAACCACCUAAAGUGCUAGAAACAAUUUUUCCUCAUCGCUAUUCCGGCUGGCUCAGCAAGACCUCUUCUGGUAGAACUUGCCAACGUUGGGAUAGUCAGUAUCCGCACCCACAUAAAGCCGGAGAUUCAAAUUCGUCUUUUCCGGAGGAUACCGUAAAAGAUGCCGAGAAUUACUGUAGGGAUCCAACGAUGGAAGGCACACUUUUCUGCUACACGACCGAUCCAAAUAGAGAAUGGGAGCCGUGUAACUAUAAAGACACGGAGUCAGAUCGUUGUUUUAUUACAUUGACGCCGUAUACAGGACAAUGGAACCAGACACGUUCUGGUAAACACUGUAAAAACUGGCAUACAGUUAACCUAAACAAACAAUUAAAGAACAAUUUUAAGUUUCCGGAUGGGUCAGUAAAACAAGCUGUUAACUACUGCAGGGAUCCGUAUAAGGAGGGUUUUCUCUGGUGUUUUACAUCAGAAAUAGCUGCCCAAUCCGAGCCAUGCUUUAUUGAUUAUAAAUACACAGCUGCUGGUUCUUCAAGUAUAAACACAACCGUGGAAGGUUCAUUUGAAUGUGCCAAUGGUGAUACAAUUUCAGUGCAAUAUUUGUGUGAUGGUAUACAAGACUGUGUUGAUUUUUCUGAUGAAACAAGUUGUUUAGGAUCAGGUAAAGGUAGACACUACUUUCAAAUUAAAGUUUUUAAAGCAUGCUAG